CCUAAAAAUGUUUAGUACCUAUACCAGUCACAUAAAUAUACAGUAUACAUUACAGUACAAUUUAUGCGAACAUGAACUUCGAAAAUUCGGCGCAAUGCAAGUUUGACAUAUAUAAAGUAGAAGAUGUCGGAAAUGGAGAUCAGGAAGCUUGUGACGAAUCUUGGGGUUGUGUAGGUAUGAGUUCCAAAGGUGUAGAUUGGAGUAAUAACGUCAAAAGCGAUCCUUUUGGCGGACUUGAAUCGGAAAGUAGUUCAUUGAUCUUGACCAGCGAAUGUAACUCCAAGAUGCCUUACAAGUUGCCAGUCGGUUGGGAAGAGCGCAUUGCUCCGAGUACCAAGGAGUCCUAUUUCUAUGACACAAUCACCGGGAAGGUACAUUUCACACUGCCUCAAAGCGACGACCGAGAAACUGAGAGGGAUGCCUGGAAUAGAGGUCCUGGAUCCACGUUCCGCUGCAGCCACAUCCUGGUGAAGCACGUGGAAUCGGAUAGGUGCAGUUCAUACCGUGAACCGGUGGUGAAGAGAACUAAGCAAGAAGCGCUACAUAAAAUCCUGCAAGCGAGGGAUCUUGUAGAAUCAGGCGAGUCUGAGUUUGCUGCCUUGGCCAGGACGAUGUCCGACUGCUGCUCUGCUCGGCAUGGCGGUGACUUGGGUCCCCUGAGGCUUGCACAAACGUCUUUCGGCUUUGAGAAAAACCUUUUGUUCCUGAAUACUCCCGAGAUAUCUGACAUUUUCCAGACGAAUGCAGGUUAUCACAUCUUGUGGCGCACCCCGGUGGAUUACAGGAGAAGGCAUAAACGCCGCAGUCUUAAACAAUUGAUUAAUGCAACUAAAAGAGGGAAGUCCAAAACCCACUUGAAGAAAAACAAGUAUUUGUCCACUUUGUUGGGAAAACCAAAAGCCUUCUUACGCAACUCGAUCGGUGAAAAACAGCGAACAAGAGCUUUCAAAAGCAUGUUUAGUUGUCCGAGUAGUGUGUCAUUUAAAACUCCAUACCCGACUUCUGUGUCUCCGGACCCAAGGGAGAGUAUCAUAUACGCCAAACAGCAACGUGAGGUAAAGAACCAAAUAGUCCACGAAAAAGUGGAUGACACCAUGCAUCUAGGCAGAUAUCUUAUUUUAAUAGAUUCGAAGGCUUCGGGAAACGGUCCAAUCAAACUUAAAAAUGUAAUAGAAGAUUGUUUUAUGAAUAAGGCAAUACUUUGACCAGAAAAUGAAUACCAUGCAACAAGGAAAUUAAAAAAAGAGGAACAAGAAAUUGGAGUGCAAAGUUAAAAGGACAAAUUAUAUUCAAAGAUAAAGGAUUUUAUAGGUUUUUUCAAGAAAGUAACCAGUCGAAAGAACUUCUUAUAAAAGCACGGAAACACAGAAAUAAUAAGAUGGCCCAAAUUUUAGGGAAUCUGAAGUUUUAACUCAAGCUGAACAUCUGGCGAGCAUAUGAGUCGUCAUGCAGAUACAUUUUGUAUAUCCCCAUUUUGCGUUUCACCCAGUCUUGUAUUUUUAGAAAUAAGUUGCGAUCUAGCUACUGUUCUGCGUAUCCCUCGUAUCAUAGGGCAUCCUAACUCAGAGGCACAGCACCCACAUUCCUCCAAAUUCGCCAGCCUAACCACUCUUAUACGGCUGUUCCACUCAACGCGAAUUCUCUCCGGACGACCACCAGAAGGAAGGGGUGCCCUGCACACGCGCACUCGGAAACCGUCGUUGGGAACUCACUCUCG